UACAUGUACAACCACUAACGAAUACCAGUAAACGCUAUGAUACAUUUUAAUGAAUUGAUGUUACAGGUACAACCACCAGUAAUGAAGGAUGCAAAUUUUCUACCAAACGAGAAAUUAUUAUUAAUAUAAAAAAUGAUCAUCUUCCAGCUUCAAAGUAGGAACAUGAAUCAUCAUUCUACAUAGCUUGCCAGAGCUUAGGACAGCAUGCUGAUAAUAGGCUAUUUUGGAUCCAUCUUGGCUUUAGUCUUCUUCCAUUUUUUCAUCUUGUUUAUUAUAUUCUGCUCUAGAAAUAGCAACAAUGGGGUUCCAUGGAAUUGGCCUUUCUUUGGGACGAUCCCUGCAUGGUUUUUCAACCUCCACCGGAUCCCAGACCGAGCUACCGAGAUUCUAGAGAGAAGCAAAGGUACAUUCCUACACAAAGGCCUCUCUUACUGUAACAUGGACAUGUUAUUCACCUGUGAUCCCUCCAACGUACACUACAUUACCAGCACAAACUUUGGGAAUUAUUGCAAAGGCCCUGAGAACAGGGAGUUCUUUGAUAUAUUUGGAGAUAACCUUUUCAAUUUAGAUUUCGAAAAUUGGGCUCACAAGAGAAAAUACAUACAUUCCUACUUCAACCACAAGAAGUUCCACCAGUUCCUUCCCAAGAUCAUCAAUGAGACUGUGACUGCAGGGUUGAUCCCAGUUCUCGACCAGGUAUCACAGCAAGGUCUAAUGGUGGACUUGCAAAGUUUUUUCAAAAGGUUUGUGUGUGAUAUUGCUUGGAUGAUGUCUACUGGAUACAACCCCAAGAGCCUGUCAAUCGGAUUCUUUGAAGAACCGUUCCUGAAGGCGAUAGACGAUGCUUGUGAAGCGAUAUUUUUUCGACAUCUCUCGCCAAAAUACUUAUUGAGCAUGCAAAGGUGGCUAGGGAUAGGAAAAGAGAAGAAACUAAGCGACGCACGAAGAACCGUACACCAAAUUGCAGCAAAAUAUAUAUCAAUGAAGCGAGAAGACCUGAGCAAAGAAACAAAACAUGAAGAAGAAGGGUUCGAUAUGCUACGAUGUUUCCUCACAGAACAUGAGGUUGCAGGGUCACAAAGUGAGGAAUAUAUCAGAGACACUGUUCCAGGUCUUGCAUUUGCUGCCUAUGACACGUCUAGCGCAACACUCGCUUGGUUCUUUUGGCUUCUUUCCAGGAAUCCCGCCGCGGAAACUAGAAUUAGAGAAGAGCUUGACAACCAUUUUUCCACAAAGAAAGAAGAAAAUAAAAGAAUGAAAACAAUAUUCAACAAAGAGGAGUUGAAUAAGUUAGUUUAUCUCCACUCUGCUCUGUGUGAAACACUGAGGCUACAUCCACCAGCCCCUUUUACCAGAAGGAAUCCUGUUAAAGCAGACGUCCUUCCCAGUGGACAUCAUAUCACUCCAGAAACAAAGGUUUUGCUUUCAGCAUAUGCAAUGGGAAGGAUGACUUCGUUAUGGGGGGAGGAUUGUAACGAAUUCAAGCCGGAGCGAUGGAUCGAUGAGAAAGGUACAGUUAAAUAUGAGACAACUAGCAAGUUUUUCUCUUUUGGUGCAGGACCAAGGAUUUGCCCUGGGAGGGACGUAGCUUUUACUGUGAUGAAGGCUGCUUCAGCAACUAUAAUAUAUAACUACUUUGUCAAAGUAGUGGAAACCCGCCCAGUGACUUCAAAAGCCAGUAUUAUUAAUGAGAUGAAGCAUGGCUUGAGGGCUAAGGUUACAAGCAGGUGGGCUAGUUAAUUGGUGCUAUUGGGGUAAUCUAUCACUGUUGUUCGGUGAUAGAAGUUAAAUACCAUCUAAACAUCAGACACAGGGCAGAUAAUAGAUGCAUGCCGAGGAAUUGCUUAAAUGAUAUACACACAGAUAUCAGUAACAUGGUGUUUGUUUAGCUACAGAGCUAAACACAACAUUUAAUAACUUGUUGUCACAUCAAUAGUCUCGGAGUCAUAGUCUUGUGGAUUUACAGAAUGCCUUGUUACCUGAUUCCUUGCAUCA